AUGCGGACGGUCGUCUUCAUCGUGGCGGACGGAGGUGGUGGUGGUGGUGAGAAAGACGACCUAACGGUGGACGCGAUCGCUACUACUGCAUUGUGUGCUAACGAAGUAAUGCGUAAGGCGAUACAAAAUUGUGAGGUGGCAAAUUGUGGUGCAUUGGCGGUGGUUGAGGCCGUGGAGGAGAAGAAGUGGAAGGAGGAGAAGGAAGAGGAGGAAAGGGAGGAAUGCAUGGAAUGCGAAUGUGUCCCUUGUCAUGGAGAAUGA